AUGUCCACAGCACCUGGCCAGUCAUCCCCAGACAAGAAACCCAACGAGCAGUGUUACAACUGCGGAAAAGAUCAUUGGACGUUGGCUUGCCCCGAACCGCAGAGGCCGAUUAUGGACGGCAUUCAGCGCUGGCAGUCGCGGCAUCAAGAGCAAGGUGGUUCCAACCGUAACAACUCAUCGCAAGAGAGACGCGGGCCAGUCGUAGAGCGUUACCCUCCCCUGCCGAAUCACGGUCAAGCUAUGGGCGGAUACCCACCACCUUCAGGCUAUCCCGUCCCCGGAUAUGCUGGCAUGCCUCCUGUUCCUCCCGGCUUGCCUCCUGCUGGUCCACCUGGCUUGACUCCUGGUGGCCCUCCUGGUCUUCCACCUGGUCCUCCUGGCUACACCCCCAAUGGUCCUCCCGGCUUCAAUCCCAGUGGUCCACCAGGUCUGUCUUCUGCCGGUCCACCCGGUUUGCCCCCUGGUGUUGCACCUCGCCCCCCAAACCAACCCCCUCCACCUCCACCAGGACCUCCCCCUUCUCAUCCUUACCAGCCGCAGCAACCAUAUCCACCAGCCCAGUAUGCUGGAGGUUAUCAAGCACCGCAGCCACCACAGCAGGCACCGCAGCAUGGUCAGUAUAUUCCACCAGUUCCUCCACAGUAUCCACAACAGUAUGGCCAGCAACCUCCUUACGGCCAGCAUCAAUAUGUUCCACCAUAUCACCCACAGGCCGGCCCAUAUGGCGGUGCCCCGAAUUAUCCUCCUCAGCAGUACGGUCAGCCAGGUCCGCCUACAGGACCUGCGCCAUAUGCUCAACCUCCUUUUGGCAGUCAAGCCCCGCCUCCACCACCUGCCGCCCCAUACUAUGCUGCCCACGCAGCUGGGUUCAGCCCUCCUCCCCUUGCCACGGGGGCAUAUCCCCCGCCUCCUCCGCCCGGCUGGGUUCCUCCUCCGUUCCCACCCGCCCAUCAGCAGGCAGAUGGCAGACACCAGCACUCGAACAACAAUCGAGAUAGAAAGGACCGGCGGAGGAGGAACAGGGAUAGAAACCGAAAUGGAAACCGCAAUAACAACGGCAAUGGUAAUGGCAAUGACAGCCAAGGCCGAAAUGGUCAGCGCAGAGACCGGCCGCAUAGCCAGCAAGUCCGGCAGCAGGCGUCUGCGGACGAAAACCAGGUGUCACCGGACGCCAGCCCAGCUCGGCGGCAGUCGGUGACGGGCGGUGACGGGGCGUUGGCGGGCGGUGCGGGAUCGUCGGCGGAUGUGACCAACCCGCCCGCAGAUGUCGUAAGUUCGUUGGCGGAUGGCAGUCAAGUGCCGGCUGAAGACAUCCCAGCUUUGGAGCAGCCAGCAAUCGAGGGCCGUGAAGGCCAAAAGAAACGCCGGGGGAGGGCCGGGUCGCCAAGUCCACCCAAAGAUCCCAAUGAGUGGGACUUUGUGGUGGACAACAAGCAUGUCUUCCCGGACCUGGACCCAAAGCCCGCCGACCCCGUUGGCAUCCCACUCCCCUUCCACUUCACGGAAGAUCCCACCAUCCCACCGGCUUACAAUGCCACGUGCAUCAAGUCAAAGUACUUCAAUGAGUAUGACUUGAUGGACUUUUGCAAGUCGGUGCGGGACAAGGAGGAGUGGGAGAGGCUGAAGAAUGACCCCAUCUUUCGUCACUACCCUGGCAUGGUGAGGAGGACGUUUCCGCCAGACAAUAGGAUUGAGUACUCCACAUACGAGCCUACCCCUCCUCUUUCCCCUUCUGUUGAGAUCAAGUUGCCGCCCAAGUAUGAGCCGCCUCAGCCAGCCUCCCCCGCCCCGGCUCCAGUUGACAGCCGGUAUGGUAGCGAGUAUGACAGCUUUGAAGACAAAAGAGGUAGACGGGAUGACCGCUCCGUUAGAGACGAUGAUGUCGGCUUCCGCUCUCGCCGUUCGCCCCCCCACCAGCCCAGGCAUCAAGACUCCCCACGCGAUCGUGAUCGUCGUGGCCAGAGCAGCAACCAAGACCGCUGGUCACGUUAUCCUGAUGACCGCGACAGAGACCGCGGCAUAAAGCGUCGCCGAAGUGCCUCGCCCCCGACCCCAGCCGACAUAACCGCCGACCCUUGGUCCCCCAACGCCGUCGAGCCUCCCUCCACCAAACGUCGCAGUGACGACCGCCACUCCGACACCCCCCGCGGGAGUACCUACCGUGACCGCAACGACCGCGUCCCCUACAACAAAAGAAACGACAGCGGCUACCACAGCGGCCAAUCCCUCGACAAGAUCUCCUCCCGCCGCGACAGCCCAAGAGAGUGGCAACCCCAGUCCAACAGGCGAAUGUCCAACCGCCCCCACGGUUACGACCAGCGCAACCGGUCUGCCACCCGCAGUCGCAGCAGGAACAGCAGCAGCGGCUGUGAAAACGCCAGAAGCCGCACCAGAAGCCGGUCGCCUCCUCCCCGGAAAAAAGCUGCUUGGGGUAGAAGUAGGAGUAACUCCCCUUUGACGUUUCAGGACAAGAUGCUGCUUGGUUUUACUGGAACUGAGAGCUCUGAUGAGGAGGAGAAGGAGGUGGAGAAGAGGGUGGCCAAGGCGAGGAGGAUGGAGAAGAAGAAGCCGCCUGUUAAAAGGCCCAAGGUUGCUUCUGCGUUUAAGUAA